AUGCAGAUGGUGCUGGAGGGGCGAGAUCUAGGGGACGCCGUGAGCGGCGAGGUCAAGCUCGAGGAUUGCAUCAGUGUUUUGGCCCAAGCAACGUUCAAGCGGAAGUCGCGAAAGACUCUAGCUAUCAUCUGUCUUGCAAUGGAGGAUUUGCAGUUGCCACUGGUUCGCUCGGCGAAGGACGUGGAUGACGCAUGGUCACGUCUGGAAGGACUCCAGGAGAAAAAAUGUUGGAAGACGAUGCUGCAGCGAAGUUUCUGGGACUCGCUGAAGACGUUACCGGACUCGCAAGGGGUUUCGAAACGUCUUCCAUUGUGA